CUGGAGGAGCCGAUGCCCUCCACACCUCUCCCGACCAGAUUCUCCAGCACAAGAGAACGGACACUGACCGAGCAGGAAAUUCUGGAUUUUGAAGCCAUGCACAACCAAUGCACUGUACCAGAGUCUCUUCAAGGCUUGGAGCCCAAGAGCCCAACAAGCCCAAACAGGAAAAUCAAGAUGUUUCAAAGGUCACAUCCGACAGGUACUGGAAAGGCAGAAGAAGGAAAAACAAAGCCACUGUUGGAUUACCUGGGAAGUUUCUUUAGUUCUACCAGAAGAAAAGGUGUGAAAAAUUCCCCUACUGUACCUUUAAAUUCUUCUGUGGAGGAAUCGCCAACUGCAAAGGACCUCAGUCCUUUCCAGGGUGAAAGAACAGGAGAAACUGAUACUCCAGGAAAAUCUUCAACUUCGCAGGAUUAUGAAAGUGAAGGAGUGAAAGAAUCCAACGGUAAGACAGUUGUAGUGGAGGAGACAUCGUGGGAUUUUCAGGAUCUGAGUUUCCAAGAGGAUCGGUUCGUAGCAGUCGGCGAUCCACUUGAGCAGUCUUUGAUUUCACCUGAAAAUCAGAAAGCCACAGAGGUACAUGCCACCUUACACAGCAGUCAGCAAAUUGAAACGGAGCUCACACCCGAUUGUGUUGGAGAUCUGUCUCUGACAACUGUUGACAGCAACUCAACAAAAGGAUUGGCUAAUGCUUCGGGAAACAGUCUGUGGAACACCUUAGAGAGUACGGUGGUAAAUAAACAAGAAAAUUCAACAACUUCAGGAGCUAAAGCUGCAGAUUUGUUCUCUGAAGGUUACGUUAUACAGAGACAUCAGAUUGGGGAAUGUGAUGCUACUCCCUAUGAAAUCGUACUCCAGAAUACCAGCCAGCUGGGUGUGAAGGACUCUGUAUAUGUAAGUACUGCUGGACUAACUGAAGACCGAUAUGACCAUGAAAGUAAUCUCGAAUCUGUAGUCACUUCUUCUGCAAAGGAAUGUAUCUUUGAGGUGUUUGAGAUUGAGAGGAUCGAUCUCAGUAAAGCAGGAAAGACAGUGACUGGCUUCAAAGUACUUACUUCGGAAAUCAAAGAAAAUUCAUUUGUGACUCUCACACAGGAAUCUGUUUCAUUGCCCUUUAAAAGUAUUGAUCUGGGAUUAAACGCGUUGGGAAAGACAUCAGUGCUUUUGGAAAACGAGGACACUGUUAAGUCAAAUAGUUCUGGAUGUAAAGUUCCAGACAGUGAAACACCGACAUUACAAAAUCUUAAGAGGGGAACUGAACCCUCCACUGAACAUCAAAAUAUUCCUGUAAAAUCACCAUCUGUAACUGCCUUGGCAGCACAAUAUAAUUCAUUCGAGAAAAACACAUUUCAAACAGGCGCUGAAGAUAAUCAGCCUGUAGAGGUGGGAACAUCUUGUAUUCCUAACAUUGGUGGCAUUUCAACGACCUCGCAAGAGGCUGAAAAAUUUACUGAAGGGAAUCUAUCAGAAGCAAAUCAGAAUGGCUCACAGCUACUAGAAUCAAAUACAGAGAAAACAAUUUAUUUACCUGUUACUGCUGCAGUCGAUUAUCAAACCACAAUAGAGGAGUCUGUUGAUUUGUCAUUAAAUCUUAAUGGUGAAUUGAGUUUGGCAACACAAAUAUCUAACAUGGAUGGAAAAACACCUACAGAAACCAAAUUUGGUCCGAAAAAGUCCAGAAGGAGGCGAUCCCUGAAAUCUGAUAAUCAGCAGUCUGAUAAAGUCCCUAACAGUGCUGUUUCUAACUCAGCUAAGGGAUCUCUGAAAGAAACUGCUUCCAAUAACAAUGAAGAAAACUCUACUAAUCAGUCCUCAAAAAUCAUAGUUAAAGGUCCUUUGUCGCCAAAGCAGGAUUCUUCCACGACAAUCCAUCACAAAACGUCGCCAAAGGUGCCCGUUUCAAAUGAAAAAUCUGUGCCAGAAAGUCCGAGGCCAACCUUGCCACAGAAGAAGAUACUACAACGGGCACCUUCCAAUCCAACCACAGAGAAUGAAGCAGAGUCUCCAGGAAAAAGUUCCGUAAAAAUGUCAAACUCAGAGACCCAUUUCAGCAGAUCCAAGAAUCCCUCAUCCACAAAUGAAAAUGCUUCACUUUCUGGUCAAAAAAUGAAUGAAUCUGCUGUUUUAAAGACCUCAGAGACUCAUUCAGCUGAACCUACUUCCAAGGUAGCAUGUAAUGAAGAUUUCAGUGUUUCUUUGGACAUUGCAUCCACUGAAUUAGACCAAAAUAGAAGACCUAAAUGCAAUGAAAAUACAGCUGCUUUAGAUUCAGAAGAGCAUAACAUUGUUCAGUCUUCUGGCAGCCAAACUUCAGCAAACGUUAUUGAUAAAGGAAGUCUGGCUGAACAAGAGCCAAGAGAAAAUCCUUGGAAAUUGAAAAUGCUAAUAACUCAAGAAUCAAAGGAAAGGAGCAGCCACCACCAAUUUAUUCUGUCAAAGGUUAAUUCUACAGUGACUACAAAAAUAAGAGUUCCAGUAGCUGAAACAGAAGAUAAAUCUGAUGCCUCGAUCAAUACAUUUGACAAAGAAAGAGCUCCUCUGAAUGUUAGAACUGAAGAGGAAGAGACCAUCAGAAUUACUCUGCCACGUAAAAAGCAGAAAACCACAAGUUAUCGUCAGGUUGACUUCUUUACCACCAAAGACCUGCCUUUGUCUCCUAAAUCCACAAAAAAAUAUGUGGGUAGUUUAAAGAUUCAGCUGAACAGCAAAGUGGCCAAAGAAGCAGAUUGCACCGUGACCCAGGUCAAUAGUAAGCAGACACACUCCUUCAAAAGCCUUGAAACAUCUAACAAAGUAAAGGUACAAGCUGAGCAUGAGAAAGGCACGUUAUCUAGGAUGGAGGUGCAAGCAUCUGAAGUGGACUUAUCUAAAAUUAAGAAAAAUGCCCCCACUGAGAACGAUAUUAAGCAAAAAACUGACAUAAAUCAAGGAACAAGCGAUCUUGCCCUGCCAUUACCAAAUAUUUCUACAGAAUUGCAACAGAAAGAAAUGGAAGUGAAGGAAAUAUCUCUUGUAAGUGUGCAACAAUUUGAAACCACCAGGUCUGAAGUUAAGAAAGAUAUACCAGCAAAGAGUACAAAAGAGCAAGAGCCUAGCUUAAAUGCAGCGGUAAGCGAGCCUGUUCAACAGAAUACACCUAAGAUGCAAAGUCAAGAUACUGAAGUUAAGGAAACAGUUUUGCCUCAGAAAGUGAAGACAUCACAAGUCACUGUGUCUAAUAUUGAGAACAUACCUGUAGAGAUUGUCAGUGAGAAAAAAUUGACCCCAGUUCCAGAAACUGGUGGGUUUUCUCAGCCUGUGCAAAAAAUCCAUUGGCUUUGCAAGAUAGAGACUCUGAAAUAAAGGAUUU